CUCAUAUGGAGUCGCACACAACCUUGAGCAGUGCGGGAGACUAGGGAAUGGGCCGCUCCCCUGGGGUCGGAAAAAUAACAGACGAAGCUUUACCUUUACUUAGAUAGGGCUUUGAUUGGAUUUUUUCUUAGUGAUUGGAAAGGAGGGCGCCUGGGUAUGUUAUAGAAAGGGAAGGCGGAGGCAUCGAAUAGCGAAGAGAGGCGGCUCGGCAGGGAAGGAAUGGGAAAUUGUCAAGGAUGACUUCUUUGUCUUUGUUGGCGAAACGAAGGGCACCAUAAAUCUCUGAGCCGGUCUGGAUUUCCAACGCCUCGGGAAACUGGUCGAGAUAGAUGACAGCACUUUUUUCCCCUCUUCCUUACCGGGAGGGCAAUCUUCUCUUAUGGCCUUCACCUCCCGCCCGGCCCGGAAAUAGAGAGAACCAAACCCCCUUCUGAUCCAUUCAUUUCUGCAAGUAGGGAGGAUCCAGAGCUAAGCCCCCUCCCAUUCGAGGCCGGGUGGCCUCGCCCCACAAGCACCCAACCUUCCUUUUGCUCUUCCUUCGGUUUGCCUCCACGAACGCGCCACCUAGGAGCCCUACUCAUAUUCCAAAGGCGACCAGCUUUCAACUCCUUCGGCGGACCCUUACGCUGCCAUUUUUCCAAUAUUAUUGAAUAGCAUGGACUGGGGCUAAGAUAACUCAAAUGGGAGAGCCGUGUUAUGGGUGACUUUAUUGCCCGGUUCAGAGAGCACUUGUGUAUGUGAUGCAAGUGAACGUGUACGAAAAAGCUGUCGUAAAGUUUCGUUGUUCGUUCCGUCGUUGACCCUAUCUAUGUUUCUAUGAUGGCCCAAGAACACGCUCAUUCUUCAGCCGUAGAGAGACUUUUGAAUUGCGAGGUACCAUUACGAGCUCAAUAUAUACGAGUGUUAUUCCGUGAAAUAACUCGAAUUUCAAAUCAUUCACUUGCUUUAACUACUCAUGCUAUGGAUGUGGGAGCAUCAACUCCGUUCCUGUGGGCUUUUGAGGAGCGGGAGAAAUUGUUGGAAUUCUAUGAAAGAGUCUCGGGAGCCAGGAUGCAUGCCAGUUUCAUACGACCAGGUGGAGUGGCACAAGAUCUGCCUCUUGGCUUAUGUCGAGAUAUUGAUUCCUUCACACAACAAUUUUCUUCUCGUAUCGACGAAUUAGAAGAGAUGUCAACCGGCAACCGUAUCUGGAAACAACGAUUAGUGGAUAUUGGUACUGUCACUGCACAGCAAGCAAAGGAUUGGGGAUUCAGUGGUGUAAUGUUAAGAGGUUCAGGGGUAUGCUGGGAUUUGCGAAGAGCAGCACCUUACGAUGUUCAUGACCAAUUGGAUCCUGACGUACCAGUAGGUACCAGAGGAGAUCGCUAUGAUCGUUACUGUAUUCGUAUCGAAGAGAUGCGACAAAGUGUUCGGAUCAUUGUGCAAUGUCUUAAUCAAAUGCCUAGUGGCAUGAUCAAAGCCGAUGAUCGUAAGCUAUGUCCUCCAUCACGAUGUCGAAUGAAACUAUCCAUGGAAUCCUCAAUUCACCAUUUCGAACCUUAUACAGAAGGGUUUUCCGUACCAGCUUCUUCUACCUAUACCGCAGUUGAAGCACCUAAAGGAGAAUUUGGUGUCUUUCUGGUCAGUAAUGGAAGCAAUCGUCCCUACCGUCGUAAAAUAAGAGCACCUGGCUUUGCCCAUUUACAAGGACUCGAUUCUAUGUCCAAACAUCACAUGCCAGCAGAUGUGGUCACCAUCAUAGGUACUCAAGAUAUUGUGUCUGGAGAGGUGGAUAGAUAGGACUAGUACUUUCUCGAUCAGGACCCUAGCUUUAUUGCGAGCCAAAAAC